AAUUCACGGGGGAAAUUUAGCCGCUGGCUGGGGGAGUUUCCAUUGCAACAGAGGCGGGGUAAAACUGAAGGGUUUGAUCUACGAGUGAGGGCUUGUGGUCAUGAGUGGUACAAGUCAUAUUAUGUCAGUGUGCUGAAAGUGUUAGUACAGUAGGAGUUGUAGAGCAGUAAACAUAAGUAGUUUUAAUAGCAGUCUGUAGUAACAUUACCUUCACAGCUUUGUUCCAGACACCCUUCUGUUCUCUACAAAACAAAGAAAAAUGAAGUUGCUAGAGCUGGGGGACUCCAUCAGUCGCUUCAGGUUUUCUCAGUCCUGUGUGGGGCUGGCAGGUUGCCUGUGUGUGUGCUAUGCGGUCUGGACACCAUUCUGGCUGAAGGAGAGGGGACUCUGGACUGAGUGGAAUAACACUAAAAGUGACCAGACCAUUCGCAAAGACGGCCCUGUCUUCAAUGCACUGGAAGCAGAGAGAGUAUUUGGAGUUCUCUCCUUCCUCAUGGCUGUGAGCACUGGUGCUCUGUGUCUGGUGUUUGCCCUCUGCUGGACAUCUACGACGGUGCGCUCCUAUUCCAACACUCGCUCUCUCCUCAUGGCAGGACAGGCACUCUACCCCACCACACUGCUGCUGCUAACCAUGGCCUGUACAGGUUUCUUCUUCCUCCUCAGUUGGUCUCUUUUCACUUAUCAGCACCGGGAAGAAAUCCGUCAAGACUUCUCCAGCCUCGGCUCCUCCUAUUGGCUAGGGGCAUUAGGGUGGGUUCUGCUGCUGGUGGUGGAGAUGAUAAUCUUUAUAGCUGAACAAGCUGUUGUGCCAGACAUCCUACCAGACCUAGAGAAGGCUGUGGAGUCGUGGCGUAUUUCCUCUAAGGCACGCUCGUUCAGCGAUAGUUAUCACCCAGCUUACAGUAACAUGACUCCAUAGAGGUUCAACACCAUGAGUGGAGUGCAGAAAAAAGGACAUGACAGAGAAAAUGAAUGUGAAUGUGUAAGGUACACAUUAGGGCACGCACAGACUCAAUCAGAAACCAGCAAUUCCUUGCUGCUGUAUAGAUCUGUACAACCAGACGGAAUAUUGAUUAACUGUGUUUGGAGUUCAGUGUUAGCUAAAGGAAUUAAGAUUCUGGAAGUCAAAGAGACUGAAGGCUCCGGCUUCCUGAAGAGUGCAUUGUGACGGCCAUUCUCCUGUUUGUUUUCAGUAGCGACUGAUAUAAAAAAACACUAAAGACCAGCAAUGCUGGCAGGGAAGAUGAACUGUUUUCUGACAAAGUGAUGUGCAGGACGUAUAAGUUCUGAAGUUUAUAAAUCUUUGUCCGGGUUUUCCCUUUUUUAUAAGUAGGUGCUGCAAUGUAGUUGAUGAAUGUUUAAAAAGCGUCAUCUUGUGAUGACCAUGUGACACUUUCAGUUCUUAACAAAAGACAAUCUAUCUUUUUAUUUUUUUAUUUUAAAUGUUUUAUUUUAUCUGUUGAAAUGUGAGCUACAGGUUUUGUUAUAAAAUAUGUCCUGUUUGUUAAUGGUGAGCAGUAAAUAACACAAAUGAGCAUACACUUUUUUCAGUUAUUUUAUUACCAAUUAUUUAAUUAUAUGGAUACCAAAAUCUACUGCAUGUAUAUGUUCAACCAAACUAAAUAAAGGUUUACAUCAUU